AUGCCGAGUGCAUCGAUUAUUAGUGACUUUCAACGUUCAUCGUCCAAUUCAUCGUUAUCGUCAUCACUUCUUCUAGCUGCUUGUCAACAAUAUGAUAUCAAUGAAUUAUCCUAUUGUUUUGAUCAUCAACAGAAAUUAUCUUCACCACCACCAUCAUUGUUAUCAUCAUCAACAUAUGAUUCAAUUGGUAAACGUAGUCAAAAUAUGACCGAAUGUGUCCCGGUGCCAAGUUCGGAACAUGUUGCCGAAAUCGUUGGUCGACAAGGUUGCAAAAUAAAAGCACUACGUACUAAAACUAAUACAUAUAUUAAGACGCCCGUUCGAGGUGAUCAACCCGUUUUUAUCAUCACUGGUCGAAAAGAAGAUGUCUAUCUAGCUAAAAAAGAAAUCGUAUCAGCUGCUGAACAUUUUUCACAAAUUCGAGCUGCUCGUAAACAAACGAGUACUAGUAUUUCAUCAAAUAGUAGUACAAGCAGUGGAAGUAAUACUAAUUUACACUAUAAUAGUUUAAUUUAUCCAUCAACAUCAACAUCAACAUCAACAUCAGCAUCAACCAAUAUUCAACAAAUAACCAUACAAGUUCGCGUACCCUAUCGUGUUGUUGGUUUAGUUGUUGGUCCAAAAGGUGCAACCAUCAAACGUAUACAACAAACAACAAAUACGUAUAUUGUAACACCAGGUCGUGAUAAAGAACCUGUCUUUGAAAUAGCUGGUCAACCUGAAAAUGUUGAAGCAGCUAGAAUUGAAAUUGAAAGUCAUAUUGCUGCUCGUACUGGUCAAGCAUCUGAUAUCGAUGAAAAUGAUUUUGAAAAAGAAUUGUAUUCAAUCGCUGAUAUUAGUGAUGCAAAUCAACAAUGCUCAAAAUGGAUUAAAUUAAAUAAUCCUUCAUCGUCAUCCUCAUCAUCAAUAACAGCAACAUCAAAAUUUUCCCAUCAUUUGUCAUUACCAUUUCCUCAAGAUGAUAAAAUCAAAUCAACAUAUCGUACUGUUUCACAAUCAUCUUUUUUACCGUCUUUUAAUGAUCAAUUAGAUUUAAAUUCAUCAUUUGAACAAAUUUCGGAUGAUAAUUUCGAUUCAAUUUGGCAGAAUUUUAAUUUUAUAUCAAUGAAAACAUCAAUGGGUUUUGCAUAA